CAAGCUCAAAAAGGCAAGCAAAAACAGUCUGAAUCUCAUGGUGAAGCUUCAUCUAGUGAAAGACCAGAUUCAACAAAACCAUCUGAAGUAAAACGUCGCAAAACUAGAAAUAGCCCUGAUUCAAAAUGGAUGGAUAAUGGAAAUAGUGCAUGGUUAGAAUAUAGAGAUGUAUAUAGAGUAGUAUUGAUGUUUUGUAGAUGUAUUGAUCGACAUCUUGCUCAUCAUGAACAUAAAGCAGAAGCAGAGGCAAGAAAAUCCAAUCAAAGUAAUUUAGUAGUUACAUUUUCACGUCAAUUAGAUGCAAAUAAAAUUAAAGUUAUAACGCAAAUGCAGUGUAUUUACUUUACGGCAAAAAAAUAUAUAGCACUUUCAAUUUAUCCUAAUCUAUAUCAAUUGGUAGAUUUUCAUAAAAAAAAUUCACAAACUAUGAAUCUUUGCGAUACCCCUAAAGCAUUACAACUACCAUCACUUUCCUCAAAAAAUUUAUCAUCAGAAUCAAAUGAAUAUG